AUGCCAUUUGUUGGUGAACACUGUAAAAAUUUAACAAGUCUUGAAUGUGAAUUUGACUUGGAUAAAUUAAAAUGCAUCAAAAUAACAGUGAAUUUUGUCAACUCUGAUGAUGAUAAAGUGGUUAAUCUAUAUGGAAUAAUUGAUAGUCUUCCGGAAGAAAUUAAUGAAAUUCAUAUACUUUUUAAUCGUCGGUACAACCGUAUACAAAAAAUUUUUUGGACUUUUAAAAAAUUUAAAAAUCUUAAAAAAUUGACUGUAAAUGGCCUCUGGUCCGAAAACAUUCUUCAAGAAAUAGCAGAAAUAACAACACUUGUUCAUCUCAACAUUCGACUAUAUCGUAUACCUAAAGAAUUUUUUCUAUUUAAUAAACUCGUUAAUUUGGAGUAUAUCGAGUUAACAAUGCCUCUUGAGUAUAAAGCGAAAAACUUCUCUACAAAAGUACUUGAAACUAUUUUUUGUACAUGCAAAAAUCUAAAACAUCUUUAUAUUCCACGUGGUUCUUAUGAUGUAGCUGAUAUUCCUAUCAAGGAAUGGAUAAAUUUUCAAAACUUGGAAUAUCUUGGUAUUUCUUGUGAGAUAAUGCCGGACUUGGCAAAUACAAUUGUUAAAUACUGCAAGAAUUUAAAAGACUUGAGGAUACAUUAUCCUGAUUACUUAAUGAAUGAAACUGCUUUAGAGAAACUAACAGAGCUGGAAAAUCUUGAAAGUUUAAUAUUGCUUCUUGGCGUUCGACUCAGUGAAGAAUCAAUAAUUUCAAUUUCAAACAAUUGUAAAAAACUUAAACGUUUAGAAAUUCCUCAUAGCACUUUAGUACCAUAUAUUGAUGGUGAGCCACUUUCUUCUCCAUCUGUUCUUGAUGAGUUAUCAAAUUUGCAAUAUCUUGAACAUCUAAACUUGCGUUAUGCAAAAAAUCUUAAAGAUAGUACAAUUAUUGCUAUUGCUUAUAAUUGCAAGAAUCUAAAAAGUUUAAAUAUCGUAGGUUGCAGAACUAUUACUGACACAGCUCUCGUUGCUUUAUCAAACUUAAAAAAUUUAAAAAAACUUAAUGUAAACUAUCUUGAUAGAAUUACAGAUAUAUUUCUUGAAGAAUUGAAAGGAUUGAAAGAAUUGCAUUGUAAUGAAUGCAAGGAAAUUACUGAUGUUGGUAUUAUUAAAUUUAUAAAAAAUAAUCCAGACCUUGAAAAGAUUAGUGUCAAACUUAUAUAUAAUAUUACAGAUAAGAUGGUUAUUGCUGCUGAUAAGGUGCAAGAUUCAUCCUUUGUUGUAAGUGAACAUCUUCGUGAUGACUGCAGUUUUGGUGAAGAAACAAUAGUUAGAGCACUUGUCAGAACAUCGUCAAAUUGA